AUGAAGAAGGCCGAAGUCAUCAGGCGGAAGCAGGUGGCGCACGUGAUGCAGGAGGUUCAGCUGCUUCGCCAGGUGGACCACCCCUUUAUCGUUAAGCAUCUGUGCAGUUUUCAGGAUAAGGCGCACCUCUGCAUCGUGAUGGAGUAUUUGAACGGCGGCGAACUGUUUCGCCUCAUCCGGAAAUCUCACAGACUGUCGCCAGUCGUUGCAAGGUUCUUCUCCGGCGAGGUAGUUUUGGCACUGGGUCAUCUCCACAGCAUGGACAUAGUAUAUCGCGACUUGAAGCCAGAGAAUACCCUCAUUGAUUGCGAGGGGCAUUUAAAGAUAACCGAUUUGGGGUUUGCCAAAGUAGUCCCGACGCGCACGUGGACUGUCUGUGGUACCCCAGAGUACGUCGCGCCUGAGAUCAUCAGCACCAAGGGCCACAGCAAGCCUGUUGAUUGGUGGGCUCUAGGUAUACUCGUCUUCGAGAUGCUGGCCGGCCACUCGCCCUUCGUGGCCAAGAGCUCCCAGGAGAUCCACGCGAAGGUGCUCGGCCAAGACCCAGUCUUUCCCAAGCAUAUCAAGGAAGCCGCCGCGAGCUUCAUCGGCGAGUUGCUUGUCAAAGACAAGGCGCGGCGACUCGGCAGCGGAGCCGGCGGCGUCCAGGAUGUCAAGGACCACAGUUGGUUUGAGUCAGUGGAUUGGGACCUGAUGGCCAGAAAGAUGUACAGCCCCCCGAUCGCUCCACAGGUCAGGCCCGCGGACGACACUUCCCUGUUCGACGGCUACCCCGAAGAGCCCAUCGACAUCGGCGCCACCAGCAACCUCUCCCCCGAGGAUGAACAGCGGCAAUUCGAGGGCUUCUGA